AUGGGUAAAUUCCUGUCAAAAAUUUUCGGAAAAAAAGAGCUCCGAAUAUUAAUGCUCGGACUCGACGCAGCCGGCAAGACCACAAUCCUCUACAAACUAAAACUCGGCCAAUCAGUGACAACAAUUCCGACAGUCGGCUUCAAUGUGGAAACUGUCACAUAUAAAAAUAUCAAAUUCAAUGUUUGGGACGUCGGUGGCCAGGACAAAAUUCGACCCCUCUGGCGGCACUAUUAUACAGGAACUCAAGCGUUGAUUUUUGUGAUGGAUGCUGCAGAUAGAGACAGAGUCGACGAGGCGCGAAUGGAGCUGCACCGAAUAAUCAACGAUCGCGAGAUGAAGGAGGCGAUUAUUCUGGUGUUCGCCAAUAAACAAGAUCUUGCUGAUGCAAUGAAACCGCACGAAAUUCAGGACAAACUGGGGCUGACGAGGAUUCGAGACAGGAAUUGGUACGUGCAACCGUCGUGCGCUGCCACCGGAGACGGUUUACACGAAGGACUGACGUGGCUGAGUCAGAAUUGCAAGCCCUAA